UCAAAAUCUUAUAAAUUAAGAAGAAAACAAUUCUGACUUAUACUUUUUUAUAUUUUUGGGUUUUCUAUAUUUUGCUUCGGAAAUGCAAAAGGGUCUUACAUUCAUUACGGGCAGUCAAUUUCAUGGUAGUUACAACAAUGCGAUACAUUGUAUGGAGGGAUAUGGAAAGUAUAUGUAUCCAGAUGGCAGCCAAUAUAGAGGAAACUUUAAGAAAGGGAAAUUUCACGGCAUCGGCGAGAUUACUUUGACGAAGCCAUUCAAUUUUAAAUUUGUUGGCGAAUUUGAGGCUGGAAAAUUGAUAGAGUUGCACGAAAUGACAUAUCACGAUGGACUGCACUUAAAUGCCAAAUUUAAUGGGAAAAAAUUAAAUUUCGACGAAUGGAAAUACUGCACAGAGGAAGAUCGACGCACUUCUUGGGAAAUUAUCAAUGGUUUGGGACCCAGCGGACAGCACACGAUCAUGACUAAUCUCGAACCGGGGACAUAUGAUGUCGGUGGUGGUAUAUACAAAGAGAACACCGGUUGGGUAGUACGAAUUCCGCCACCAUUCUUCUCGGUGAAAUUUUUAUCAUGUAAUAAAGAAAGAGAAUGGAUACAAAGGAAUUGUCGCAAAGGCCCCUGGGACAGAGACGUUAAUAAUCCACCGGUGGAACCCAUACCAGAAAUUGGCAAACAGAUAAUCAAUGCCAAUAUCAAAGAACUGCAUAUACUACAUAGUUGUGCUUGUGAUUCAAGGUAUGAACAUAAAACUCGUGCCGAGAAAAUGUCGGAUUGCGAUGAAAGUGCACCCACAGACUUUCCGACAUCGAAGUCCAGUAGUCUAUCGAGUUUUUGUGAUGAAUUGAUAAAGAUCGAUCUACGCGAAAUGUGCUACAAUGAGGAACGAACACUGAAAUAUGCUUCACCUGAUAGAAGGUCGAAAAUAUAUUUUUCAUUGCCCAAUGAAUUUUUUUCCUCUCCACCUAAUGAUUUUACAAAUGCUUAAAUAAAUACUUUGUUCACAUUUUAAAGAUUAUCAAAUUCCAUGCAAGCUGCAUUUCUCUAAAGAUCUCUCUUGACUAA